GGGGUCCAGAGAGUAGAGCCUCUUCACAACGCGUAUAUAUCGGCACCGUACCUAAAAUAAUAUUGCAUCUUCAUGUCCGUUCUCUACAUCUCCACGAUGCUGUUCCCCGUCCUCGCCCUCCUGUCUCUCACCAACGCCAUCGCCAUCGCACCGCUUCAACCAGAUUACGAUGCCAUCGUUAUCGGCGGCGGCCCAGCUGGUCUCUCUGCCCUGAGCGGUCUCGCAAGAGUGCGCAGACAUGUUCUUCUCAUUGACUCUGGAGAGUACAGAAAUGGUCCCACGACACAUAUGCACGAUGUCAUCGGAUGGGAUGGUGUUCAACCUGCCUAUUUCCGCUACGAGUCCCGCCGUCUCCUCUCACAUUACAAGACCGUCAAGAUGGAAAACGGAACAGUGACCAACAUAAAACCACUUCCCGGCGCCAACACCCGCUUCUCCGUCUCAGUAGACUAUCCCGACCAACACAGGACCACCAAGAUCACAGCGCGCAAAAUCGUUCUCGCGACAGGUCUAAAGGACAUUCUACCCUCAACGCCCGGUUUUGCGGAAAAUUGGGGUAGGGGUAUUUACUCGUGCCCCUGGUGCGACGGCCACGAGUACGCAGAUCAGCCCCUCGGUCUUUUGUGCCCUCUCGACAAGAUCGCUAGUCACGUUCUGAAUGUUCUUACGCUCACUACGGAUAUUGUAGCGUUUGUCAACGGCACUGAUAACGAUGAGACGAGGAGGGUCGCUGAUGAGCAAUUUCCUCAGUGGGAGGAAUACCUAAAGCUUCACAACGUCACGGUCGAUAACCGCACCAUAACUUCUCUCGAGCGCCUCAAGGACGGUGAAGACGUGAACAAGGAGCCCUGGUUGCCGUCGGUCCCGAAGGAUGACCUCUUCGGUGUUCAUUUCACCGAGGGCAAGGGCGAGCCCGUUCAACGCGUUGCCUUUCUUUCGAGCGUCCCCAACAAACAGCGUUCCGAUAUUGGAGAUCGAGCGGGUGUUGAGUUGACCAAUGGAAAACUGCGAGUUACGGACAACCAGACCAUGCUUACGAAUGUACCGGGUAUCUACGCCGUGGGCGAUGCCAACUCUGGUAGUGCAGAAAACGUCCCUCAUGCGAUGUUCACUGGUAAGCGAGCGGCUAUGUUCCUACACGCAGCGACACUCGAACGCGAGAAGUGGGACACGGAGCUUGCUGGUAGGCUAAAGAGAGAUGUUUCCCCUGGAGAGAUUUCGUGGCCUGAGAAUUGCUGA